AUGACUGGUCCCUGUCCGGCCUGCUGGCCAGCCUUGCUCCUGGGACUGCUGUCGCCCUGGCUGGCGGGGCGCUGCAUGCCCGUCUUCGCCCAGCAGUACAACGAGACCCUGGAGUGGCGCUGGGAGACUCUCUUCUCGCGCUCCAUGGCCAGGCUGCCCCCCGGGGAAAGGAAUUUGCUCAGCCGGGACGGGGACUAUCUGCUGGGCAUCAAGAGGCUGCGGCGCCUCUACUGCAACGUCGGCAUCGGGUUUCACAUCCAGGUCCUGCCGGACAGCCGGAUCAACGGGAUCCACGACGAAAAUCGAUACAGUUUGCUGGAAAUUUCUCCAGUGGAACGAGGAGUGGUUAGCCUUUUUGGUGUUAAAAGUGGACUUUUUGUAGCAAUGAACGGCAAAGGCAAACUCUAUGGAUCUAGCCAUUUUGGUGAUGAGUGUAAAUUCAAAGAGAUUCUGCUGCCAAACAACUACAACGCCUAUGAAUCCCAGACCUAUCCAGGGAUGUAUAUGGCCCUGAGCAAAAAUGGAAGAACCAAGAAAGGCAACAAAGUGUCUCCCACCAUGACAGUGACACAUUUUCUUCCCAGGAUUUGA